CUGGGUUGGUAGAUCAGAUCCCCUUCCUUGUUCCGUUCUGUUCAAUGGCUUUUUGACAUUUUUGGUACUCUCAACGUCUGUCACCUAACCCAUUUUCAGUGUGCUGUGCUAACAAACCAGUGGAGAAACCGAGGGAAAUCCACUAUUACCGUAAUCCCACCUAUAAGUCUUAAAAAAAAACCAAACAAAUUUGCCCAUUUUGCUAUUUUCUCCACUACCCAUUUCUUGGCUCAGCUUAAAGAUUUGGUUUUGAUUCAAUGGAGUUUUUAGACAGUGGAUUCCCAGCUCCUUGUGGGUGCAGCUGUAGCUGUUCUUGCUAUUGGGGUUGGUGCUGUUUUCCUCUUUUCUUCCAGGAAACCCAAAGGAAGAGUUGGAUGGUCUAGCAACUAACUACCCUGAACAGUUUAAAGUCUACUAUGUAUAGAAUCAGCCAUCUUGCCAUGAUGACGAAAGGACUUCCUUGUUGCAAUUUAAAGAAAGCUUCAUUAUCAGCAAGUCUGCUUCUCGUCGUAAUACUUCUGCAUAUCCAAAGGGUACCUUAUGGACACAUGAAGAUGAGACAAGAAAUUGCUGCUUGUGGGAUGGUGUUGAGUGUGAUGAGAAGACGGGCCAUGUGACCGGACUUGAUCUCGGCAGCAGCUUUCUCUAUGGCACCAUCGACUCAAACAGCACCCUCUUCAACUUGCUUCACCUCCAGAGGCUCAAUCUUUCAGACAACCAUUUCAAUCACUCUCAAAUACCCACUGCUGUCAAGCGGCUUUCUAUGCUCACCAGUCUCUCGCUAGUUGACUCUGUCAUCUCUGGUCAAAUUCCCUCAGAAGUUUCGACACUUUCCAAAUUGUCAGCUCUUUAUUUGUGCCAAAAUAUUGAUCCAAUUUCUGGAAAAAAUCUAUUGGAACUGAAGAAUCCCAAUUUGGAGAGCUUUAUUUCAAACUUGACAAGCCUUGAAGAGCUUUGUCUCAGUCAAGUUUACAUAUCAUUAACACUGCCUAAGUCGCUGGCGAAUUUAACUUCUUUGACAAAGCUAUACUUGAGGGAUUGCGAACUGAAAGGUGAAUUUCCAGUCAAUAUUUUUCAACUGCCAAAAUUACAAGACCUCAGUGUGCGGUUUAAUAAAGAUCUUAGUGGAAGAUUGCCUGCGGUACUUAACGAGAGAAGUUCUCUUAAAAAAUUGUUUUUGACUGGCACUAGCUUUUCUGGUGAACUACCUUUUGAGAAACUUGCUUCUUUGAGUUGGUUGGAAGUUUGCGACUGCAACUUUUCAGGAGCGAUUCCAAAUUCCAUAGGUAAGCUGAAGCAGCUCACUUUUCUAGACCUUUCUCACAAUAAUUUUUCUGGACAAAUCUCUUCUUAUUUGUCAAACCUCACCCAACUCAACCUUUUAUGCCUUCAAUUUAAUCAUUUUAGUGGCCCAUUUCCUAUGCCAAUAUUCUCGAAACUCAUGAACUUGGAAUUGCUUUUCAUAGCUUAUAAUAAUUGGACAGGCAUAGUAGAAUUUGACAUGUUCAAAGGCCUCAAAAACCUCAAUGCCAUUUCACUAUCAGAUCUCAAACUCUCACUACCUCAUAUAAAUGAAACAUUUCCACAAUUGAGAACAGUAGAAUUGAUGUAUUGCAAUUUAAGAAAGUUUCCUGAAUUUCUUAGGCAUCAGAAAAGAAUAAAGAGAUUAUUUCUUGAUGGAAACCAUAUUGGUGGUGGAAUACCAGAAUGGUUGCUAAAUAUAAGCAGAGAAACAUUGAGAAUUUUAUCUCUUUCUACAAACUCCCUAACAGGGGAACUUUCACCUACAACUUGCAAACUUAGUUCUCUUAUCAUUCUUGACUUGUCCCAUAAUAAGCUGAAGGGUAAACUUCCCAAUUGUUUCGGUAGGUUUAGUAAGUCAUUAUCUUUAUUAAGUCUCACAAACAACUCUUUUUCUGGCAAUAUUCCAAAAUUUACUGAGGGAAACCAACUGAAGCAUAUUAAUUUAAGUUAUAAUCUCUUUGAAGGGAAGUUAUCGCAAUCACUUACAAAUUGUAAGAUGCUUGGACACCUCAAUGUCGAAAGCAAUAAGCUCAAUGAUGUGUUCCCUUAUUGGUUAGGGACUCUUCCAGAGUUAAUAAUUCUAAACCUGCGAGCUAAUCAAUUCCAUGGAGUUAUAAGGGAGCCUCGAGCAAAACUUCAUUUCCCUAAGUUGCGUAUAAUUGAUAUAUCUUAUAAUAACUUCAUUGGUAAAUUGCCGCUCAAAUACAUCCAGAGUUGGAAUGCCAUGACUAGUACAAGUGUUGAAAACUUUGGUUAUUUGACAUCACUAUUCUUCAAUUUCCCAACACCCCUUGACUCCGUCGGUAAGCAAGCUGUUAAAUUCCAAACUAUGCUAUCAAUAAAAGGCAUACAUAGGCAGUUUGAUGAGAUCCAAAAUAUUAUUGCAGUCAUAAACUUCUCCAACAAUAAGUUUAAUGGAGAAAUUCUUGAAGUCAUUGGAAACCUAAAAGGAUUGUAUGCCCUUGAUUUAUCCAAAAAUAGUCUCAAUGGUAGCAUACCCUCUUCAUUGGGAAAUCUAGCCAAGCUUGAAUCCUUAGACCUUUCUCAAAAUGAGCUUUCGGGGCAAAUCCCUUCUGAACUAGCCCAACUUUUUUUUCUUCAAUACUUCAAUGUUUCAUACAACCACCUCUCAGGGUCUAUACCACAACAAAACCAAUUAACCACCUUUGGGAGUAGUUCCUUUGAAGGAAACUUGGGAUUAUGUGGCAUUCCAUUGCCAAACUUGUGUGGAAACUCUGAAGCAUUGAAACCACCACUGAUUGAAGAUGAACAACAAGAAGAGUCGAGUUAUCUUUUUCAAUUUGGUUGGGAAGUUGUGGUAAUAGGAUAUGGAUGUGGAUUUUUAGCUGGAUUAUUCAUAACGAAAAUUGUGAUCCCUUGAAAUGCAUACUGGUUUAUGUAAACGUUUGGAAUAGUAAGUUAAAGCAAGAAGGAGACAAAAGUGGUGAUGUUGAAAGUUGUGUUUUAUAAUCAAAUGCUUUGUAAUAAUCUUUGCUAUCUAUAAAUAAAGAUUUAAACUUUCAAUAAAAGUUUAUUUUUCCUGCUUGAAUAUUUUAUAAAUAUUAUAAAUUUUUUGUAGUUAUAAAGAUGUAAUCUUAAACUUUAUAUGUAAUUUUUAUAUACGAGUGUUGUAAAAAAAAAUAUAUGCAUGUCCUCCCAAUCAUAAACAAGUAAUAAUAGUGAAAGUAAAGUUUGAUCCUAUGAAGACUGUAA